AAUCUCAUCUUUCUUAUAAAAAGCCAUUGAUAAAAGCUUAUUGGAAAUCAAUGGGUCUGGUUCUAGCCCUCCAUUGGCCGCCGCCGAGAAUGCUUCACUUGCAGAAAAACUGAGCCUCUAUCGAUCGCCUUUGGACACUGCAAGAUGGCUCGCCGGAGCCAGAAAAGUCCUAGAAAGGAGCACCUUGGCGGGUCCCCUAAUCAUCAAGGGGCAGAGCCGCAACCCACCGAAGUCAAUGCCCAGAGGCCUCAGCGACUCUAUCCUGAAAUGGAGUCAACAGUUCCGGAAGACCCAGAAACUAAAAGGGAGGAGCAGAAAAUGGUCAAGAAAAUUGAAGGCGAGCAAAAGAAUGAACCCCAUCAAUUUUGCAAUGAACCAGAUUCAAUAUCCUCGAAGGAGACGAUAACGAAAAGAGUGAACGACUUGGAUUCUAAGCACCACGAGUUAUGCCCUAAAUUAGACCCAUUAUCCUCCAAAGACUCAAACCAAGUACUGCUACCUGAACCUGGGCCAGUUGUUUUGAAGAACGAAACCAGUGGACUUUCCGCUGAACCAGACUCAACAACCCCAAGGAAGAAGAAGAGGAAGAAGGGGAAAAGAUUGUCCACGACUGAAGGGGCAGAAACAAACGACGUGCGCUAUGACUGUGAGUUAAUCCCUAAUUUGGACCCAUUACCCCAAAAAGACUCAGACCCUGCACUGCUACCUGAACCAGAGCCCGUUGCAGAAAGGAACGAAACUAAUCAAUUUUGCACUGAACCAGAGUCGGCAACCCCAAGGAAAAAGAAGAGGAGGAAGAAAAGCUUGCCCACCACUGAAGGGGCAGAAACAAACGACGUGCCCCCCAAGCACUGUGAGUUAAUCCCUCAUUUGGACCCAUUACCCCCAAAAGACUCAGGCCCUGUACUGCUACCUGAACCAGAGCCAGUUGCAGAAAAGAUCGAAACUAAGCAACUUUGCACUGAACCAGAGUCAGCAACCCCAAGGAAGACGAAGAGGAAGGGGAAGAGGAAGAACUUGUCCAAAAGUGAUGCAACUGAGACAAGUCACGUGGAUCCCGGGCACCUUAAGUUAUGCCCUAAUUUGGAUCCAUUACCUCCAAAGAACACGGACGCUGUACUGCUUCCGGAACCAGAUCCAGUUGCAGAAAAGAAUGAAACUAAUCAACUUUGCACCGAACCAGAGUCAGCAACCCCAACGAUUACAAAGAGGAAGAAGAAGAGGAAGAGGAAAAGCUUGUCCAAGAGUGAAGGGACUGAAACUUAUCACGUGGAUUCCGGGCACCUUGAGUUAUGCCUUAAUUUGGACCCAUUACCCCCAAAGGACUCGGACACUGUACUGCUUCCUGAACCAGAAUCAUUUGCUGAAAAGAACGAAACCAAUCUGCUUUGCACUGAACCAGACUCAGCAGCUCCAAAGAAGACUAAGAGGAAGAAGAAGAAGAGGAAAAGCUUGCCCAAGAGUGAAGGGACUGAAACAAAUCAUGUGAAUUCCGGGCACAUUGGUUUAUGUCCUAAUUUGGACCCGUUUCCCCCAAAGGACCCGCCCUCUGUACUGCUGCCUGAACCAGAGCCAUUUGCUGAAGAGAAAGAAACCAAUCAACUUUGCACUAAACCAGACUCAACACCCCUUAAAUUUAAAGGGGCAGGAAUAAAAGACAUGGAUACUGAGAACCCUGAGUUAUUCCCUAAGUUAGACCCAUUACCCCACAAAGAUUCUGAUCCUCUACUGCUCCAGGAAUCAAAGCCAGCACCACUGAAACAAGCAGAGCAGAAGAAGAAGAAGAAGAACAAAAAGAAGAAGAAGAAAAAUAAGGGUGAGCUAAAAGGUGAAGGGGUCAAAUCAAAUAGGCCCAAUGAAAAACAUUCUCAACGAUGUCAUAAAGCGAAGCCGAAAACACCAGAAAAACGGAAUCAGAAAAAGAGAAAGAGACAGGUGACGAAUGAAAACCAUGAGUCUUCUGUUCGGUCAAUGUUGAUUGACGAGUACAACUUAAGAAGUAGAGGAGCACACAGUAGUGAAGCAGAGCCUGGACCCUAUGUCCCCAAAUGGCCCUUAAAAGACUAUGAACAUUAUGAGAGAUGUUUGGAGUGUGGACAAAUUUGUCAAAGAGACCAGAAAUGUCGAGGGCGGAGACAUCGCAAGAGUUACGAGGAAAUUUGCUUUUUUUGUGGUACAGUUGGGCACCCACUUGGGAGAUGUCCAAUAUCUCCAGGAGCAAAAUGUGCUAAUGGCAUAAUUAUGUUGGAUGAUUAUGUAAGGAAGAAAUGCAGUGAAAAGCCCCGAAGCACCUAUCCAAAGGUAGCUCCUGCUGUGCAAACCUAUGCAUCGAACUUUACACACUUCCUGCCGAGUAACAUCCAACCAUAUCCUGCUCCAUUUGUCAGGCCAAUGUAUGCUCCUUUUGUAGUUUGGAGAAAUUAGAACAACUGUACCUGCACCAAAAGUAGAAGGAAAAUGAGAAUGAAGUAGGGGAGGGUUGUGACUGGUGAAUGCCGAGCUUAUUUGGAAGCCAUGUUAGCACGUACAGGGUGAUUGGGUGAUGACUCGACGUGAGUUGUAUAUGACAUGGAUUAAUUUAUUAAAUAGGAAAAAAAUUAGAGAAUGAGUUUCAACCGAGUUAGAAGUUAAAAGACUGAGUCAUAAUUGAGUUAAAAGUUUAAGAACCAAAAGAUUAAUUUUCCUAAUAAAAAACUAUAGUCAUUUGGUCCACCCCGGCCUCCUUUUUUUUUUGGGGGGGGGGAGAGGUACCAAUCUUGGGUGCUUCCUAUUUUUGUGUCAGGCAACUGUGAUAACCUACAUAGAAGCAUUUAUAUCUAUGCUUCCACAUUAUUCUAUAUAUCAUGGUUUAAAGUUUUUCUUAAUUAUUGAAA